AUGUCCCUUCUCACACUGUCUCAAUCUCUCAGCGAGUCCAGACUCACUCAGGAUCAGUCCUCUUUGGUGGUCAGAUCAGAGACUUCAUUAGACUAAAGGACAUUUCUACAACAGGCUCUUUAUUGUGGACUUGGUGUCUUAUUCUUGGACUGAUUAUUUGGGCCUUCAGUCCGGUCUGUUGCUGCAUCUCGUCUCCCACUUUCCCCUGUGACAGCUCCUGGCGGGAGGAAGAGACCACUGACCCGCCAUGUUCCUCGCACUUGUGGUGACGCCAGAGCUGAGGGACUUCCUGGCCAGGGCAAGAGGUGGAGCGGUGCGCCUCAUCAAGGUGCGCAUCCAAGAUGAGCAGCUGGUGCUUGGGGCCUACAGAGAGCCGGAAAGGAGCUGGGACCAGGACUAUGAUCCCUUCCUACUUACACUGCUCGAUGACCAGGAGCCAUGCUACAUCCUGUACCGCCUCGACUCCCAGAAUGCACUGGGCUACGAGUGGAUCUUCAUAUCAUGGUCUCCUGACCAGUCUCCAGUGAAACAAAAGAUGCUGUACGCAGCGACUCGUGCCACAGUGAAGAAAGAGUUUGGUGGUGGCUAUGUGAAGUAUGAAAUGUUUGGCACGGCUGAGGAGGACAUCUGCUUGCUGGGCUACCAGCGUCAUGUGUCAUCGUGCUCGGGUCCGGCCCCGCUCACGUUAGCUGAACAGGAGCUGCAGAGGAUCAAAAUCACAGAGGGCCGAGUCAAACAGGUGAAGACAGAGAUCAGCGUGGAGAGUAAACACCAGACACUUCAGGGCCUCGCUUUCCCUCUGCAGGAGACAGCCAAAAAAGCCUUACAACAACUUGCCCAGAAACGCAUCAACUACAUACAACUGAGGUUGGAUGUAGAGAAGGAAACUAUUGAACUUGUCCACUCCAACCCGACAGAAACUCGAGAAUUGGCUCGCAGAGUUCCUAAAGACACUCCCAGAUACCAUUUCUUCCUUUACAAACACUCCCAUGAAGGGGACUACCUGGAAUCUGUCGUGUUUAUUUACUCCAUGCCAGGAUACAGCUGUAGCAUUAAGGAGAGGAUGUUGUAUUCCAGCUGCAAGAGCCGAUUACUGGAGGAGGUGGAGAAAGAUUAUCACUUGGAAAUUUCUAAAAAGCUGGAGAUUGACGACGGAGAUGAACUGACAGAAGACUUUUUGUAUGAAGAGGUCCAUCCCAAGCAGCACGCCCAUAAACAGGCCUUUGCCAAGCCCCGCGGCCCUGCAGGAAAGAGGGGACACAAGCGCCUCAUUAAGGGUCCAGGAGAGAAGGUGCAGGACAGCUAGAGGUGGACACUUUUUGGUGUUUCGGCUACGUCCUGUCUCCUCAGGCCUGCACACGUGGUGAUGCAUUUCCUCUGCUGUUUGUGUACUGAAACACUUGAGAUAUAAUACAGAUUUAUUUGAAUGAAUACAAGUUGAUGAAUCCCCUUCUACUGUCGUUAAAUCCCACAAACAUAUCAGACACAUUUAAACAGGUGGCUGCCAUUGUGAAUUAAAACUAUCAGGUUCUUCAGUAGUUAAAAAAAUGAUUUGUGCUGAAUUGUAAAUGCACAGUCUGAUCAUUCUUAUUAAACUUUGUAUAAACAUGUAAAAUUCACUUGAACACUUGAAAGGAAACUAAAUAAAAUCUUGUUUAUACUGUU